AUGACACAACAAGAAGACGACAACAAUCACUCUAAUGAAAUAAACUCCCCGCAAAUGGAAGAAACAAAAACUGAUAUUCAAAUUAAUGAAGAAAAAGAAGAGAAGAUUGAAGAAGAAGAAAAAAAGAAAAUAGAAAAACCACAAACAAGAAAAGAUAGGGAAGAAUAUCAAAAACAAAGUUUUAUGGCAUUAAAAAGAACAUUAAAUGGGUUAGUAAACAAAGUUAGUUUAAGUAAUAUUAAGACAAUCAUUGUAGAAUUAUUUAAAGAAAAUUUAGUCCGUGGAAAAGGGUUAUUUGUUAAUUCAGUGAUAAGAGCUCAAGAUGCUGAACCAAAUUUUUCAAAUAUUUAUGCUACUUUAGUUGCAGUAAUUAAUACAAAAAUUCCAGCUAUUGGAGAGUUAACAAUACACAGAAUAAUUCAUCAAUUUAAUUUAACAGUUAAAAGAGAAGAAGAAGAAGGUUCAUUAAGAAAACUUCAAUUUAUUGCACAAUUAACAAACCAACAAGUUUGUUCAGUCACACUACCUCUUCAAAUACUAAUUCAAUUAAUGAAAAGUCCAACAGAUGAAAAUAUUGAAAAAGUAGUUACAUUGUUAUUAAAUGUUGGAGAAUAUUUUGAUUCAAUAAUAAAAGGAAAAGUCCAACCAAUUUAUGAACAAUUAAGAGGAAUUGUUUCAAGAAAGAAAGCGUCAGAAAGGAUAUGUUUUAAAAUCAAUCAACUUUUAAAUGAACGAAGGAAUGGAUUUAUUAACUAUCCUUCAGUAAUAGAAGAGUUAGACCUUAUUGAAGAUGAAGAUAAAAUUACUCAUACCAUUGAUUUAACUACACCAUUAAAUACAAUGGAUGAACUUAAUAUUUUUAAUUUUGAUGAAGAAUUUGAACAAAAUGAAAGAAAAUGGGAAUUUAAAAAAGCUGAAAUUAUUGGAGAAGAGAGUGAAGAAGAAGAAGAAGACAACCAGAUACAAGAACAACAAAAAACAAAAGAACAAACUGAAAUUGAAAAAUUUGAUGAUCAAACAGGAGCAGAAGAAAUAUUUCUAAAGAAAAAGAUUUAUAUUACCAUUAUGUCAUGUUAUAAUUUUGAAGAGUGUGUACAUAAAUUAUUAAGUCUUAAAUUAAGAGAAGGUGAAGAAAAAAUAUUAGUAGAAAUGGUUAUUGAAUGUUGUUCUCAAGAAAAAACUUAUAAAAAAUAUUAUGGACUUGCUUCUGAAAGGUUAUGUGUUUUAUAUGUUUUAUAUAAAAACCUUUUUAUUGACCAAUUUAAAAUUCAAUAUCAAACUAUUCAUCUAAAAGAUAUGAAUCAAAUACGUAAUAUAGCAAUGUUAUAUUCAUAUCUUUUUUAUUCAAAUGCUAUUCCUUGGGAAUUGUUUUCAAUUAUUAAAUUAACUGAUGAUGAUACUACAUCUUCUUCACGUGUAUUUCUAAAAAUUAUGUUCCAAAACUUAUUUGAGGAAAUGGGAAUGAAAGAGUUUAAAGAAAAGUUAUUUUCAAAUGAACUUCAAGAAAGUAUUAGAGGAAUGUUUCCAACUGAAGACAAAGAGCAUAUUAUUUUUGCUUUUAAUUUCUUUAAAGGAAUUGGGUUAGUAGAAUUAGCCAAACCAUUACAACAAAAUUAUUUAGCACUGAAAGAAAAAAUAAAAAAGGAAACUGAUUGA